AAACAUGGAUUGUUCUGCUCCACUUUGACACAACCUGCAGCACAGGCAGCUGCUCCAGUCUCUCACCAGUCCUCUGUCAGCGGCACACCCAACGAGAUGCAGCAACAACCGUGGUGACCAGCAGCCGCUCAACAAGUCCCAGCACUCGACAGCUGACGCAUCUCGGCCUCUUGCGUCACAGUUCCGCCGCUUUACCGUCCGCACGGGGCCUCGGGCUGUUUAAUGUUGAGGUUUCACACCGAGGUUUGAAGCUGUGGAAGAUCCCUGACAGGGUUCCAGUUCGCAGCUGUAGCCUGGAUGUGAGAUCCAGCCUCGGUGUGCGAUGAGAGGACCGGCGCUCCCUCUGGGUCUGCUGCUCUGCCUCCUAGGAGCAGCUGUUCUCGGGACUCGUGGUGAUGUCACAGCCCCCUCCACCCUGACCGCAGAGGCCGGCCGCCCCCUCCUGCUCGGCUGCAACAUCACCACGGCGACCGGCAACAGCGUCAAGCAGGUCCGAUGGCUCAACGGGCACGGCAAGGUCCUCCUGGCCUACCAGCCACUUGUGCCAGUGAGCAUCAGCCACCAGGAUCCCAGCGUGCAGCUCGCCGGGCACCCCGACCACGCCAGCUCCAUCACCAUCACCAGGGUGAGGUCCGAUGACGAGGGAUGCUACCGCUGCGUCUUUGACGUUUACCCCAAGGGUUCGGAAGAGGGCCGGACGUGCGUCAAAGUCACUGGUAAAGUGCGGCAGGCGGGCAACAAGACGGCCACGAGCGGAGCCGCCGUCACCCUCUCCUGCCGGUACAGCCUCUUCGAGAGGGUGCACCAGGUUCUGUGGAGGAAGACGGCCGAGCAGGGCGACACCAGCGCCGUGGCCGCCUACAACAAGCACGGCCACCACAGCGUGGAGGAGCAGUUCAAGGGUCGGGUCAGCCUGAGCCGAACCCUGGACGACACCCAGCUGACCAUCCAGCCGGUCAGGACGGAGGACGAGGCCUGCUACACCUGCGAGUUCCACACGUUCCCGGACGGCAGCAGAAGCGCCACGGCCUGCCUCUCUGUUUACGUUUUACCCAAACCAGAGGUGACCAGGGUGACCUCGCCAUCAGGGGUCACCGAGGCCAACUGCACCGCCCAGUCCCGCCCACCAGCAGAUAUUAAGUGGGACAUCGGAGGGGACAACCGGACAAUUGGACCGCCCGUUUUGUCCGUCUUCGACCAGGGGGACGGCACGACCAUAGUGACCAGCACGCUUCUCUUCCAGUCGGGGGGGCUCAGUGAGAGCUCCGUCGAGUGCAUCGUGCACCACCCGGGUCUGGACACGCCCCUGACGGUGCCCCUCACCACAAAGGUGAGUCCGGUGGUGGUGAUCCUGCUCUCGGUGUGCGGCGUGGCGGCCGUCCUCCUCCUCUGCUUGUGUGUGUGUCUCUGCAAGUGCCUGAUCUGCACAGACGACUGAUUUGGGCCGCUGCUUUGAUGAGGGUCCAGCAGAGCUCUGAGUCUGACCCAUCUGCUCAGCACCGUGAGGACGGGAGCCGAGCUUUCCACGGAGCCGGGGCCGACGCUGCUGACUCACUGCCAGUCACAAAGUAAACAGAACUAAAACCACCUUAUUUAACACUAGAUUUUACACUUAAAGCCUUAAAUGUCGAUGUAAUCACUGUGAUCAGAGAAGAGUUAGUCCAUGUGUCUUGUGCCAUCACGUUGGGCUCAGAUGAAGCUUGGUAACCUUGAAAAGAAGAUUUGUUUUAGUGUUGAAUAGAGUGAUAUGUUAUAUAUUUUUUUACAUAUAGAUUGUGUAUAUAUAGCUUUUUGAUUUGCUUCUGCUCUUUGUUUGAAGUAUUAUGACUGAAAUAGGAAUAUAUUCUAAAUACUCUGUGGGACCGUUGAUAUUGUGGUGACUCAUAUCUCCUUCAAUAUAAAAGUUUAUUAAACUGUAAAAAGAUUUAAAAGAUAUAAGCAAGCAACUGAUUUUAAUAUUUUUCAGUCCAGGUCGAGCUGUUUGAAUAGUCACGUUUAUUUAUAUAGCAAGUUUAAAAAGAACAAUACAAAAUAAAAAAUAAUGUAAAAACAGAGAAUAAAUAAAAAACAGCAUUAAAACAUUAAACAUCUUGCAAGUUAAAGGAAGUAAAAACAAACCAGUGGAGCUGCGGUUAAAAUCAGUGUGUGUGUGUGUGUGUGUGUG